CAUUCCUAUCAGUAUCACUGUCCCUUUGUUCUGCCCACACAGUCAUGGGCUUUGCUGUUGCCGCCCUUGUGGCCAUUCGUCUGGCUCUACUGGCCGGGGCUCGGCCGGAACCGCAGGUCCCUUGCUUGUUCAUCUUUGGGGACUCGCUGGUCGACAAUGGCAACAACAAUGGGCUCCUCACCCUGUCCCGGGCCAACUACAUGCCGUAUGGGGUCGACUUCCCGCAAGGCGUCACCGGCAGGUUCACAAAUGGCCGGACCACCGUCGACAUCAUAGCUCAACUUCUUGGUUUCCGGCGGUUCAUACCGGCCUAUGCCACUGCGAGGACUCAAGACUUGGUCGUGGGAGCAAACUAUGCAUCUGGUGCUUCCGGAAUCAGGGACGAAACCGGCAUGAAUUUGGGAGAUCACGUGUCGAUGAACCAGCAGGUGCAGAAUUUCGCGAGGACGGCGAGGAGGCUGACGAGGCUGUUUGGAGGGAACAGCAGCUAUGCUGGGGAGUACCUGAGCAGAUGCAUCUUCCAUGUAGGGAUGGGCAGCAACGACUACCUCAACAACUACUUCAUGACUAAUGUCUAUGACACCAGCACCAGAUACACUACCAGGAGCUAUGCCGCCUCCCUCAUUCGCGACUAUUCGGCACAACUAACAAGGCUGUAUGAUCUGGGGGCGAGGAAGGUGGUGGUGACGGCGAUCGGUCAGAUAGGGUGCAUCCCCUACGAGCUGUCGAGGCUGAGCAGGAACGGCAGCGAGUGCGUCGGCAACAUCAACAGGGCGGUGCAGAUGUUCAACGCCGGCCUCCGCAACCUCGUCACCCGCUUCAACCGCCGGCUGCCGGACGCCUGCUUCGUCUUCUUCAACUCCUACUUCGCCUUCCAGGAUCUCCUCGACAACUCUGGCUACUAUGGAUUUUCGGUGACAGACAGAGGGUGCUGUGGAGUGGGAAGAAACAAUGGACAGCUCACGUGCCUUCCCUUCCAGCAGCCAUGCGAGGAUCGAGAGAGCUACCUCUUCUGGGACGCGUUUCAUCCGACGGAGGCCGCCAACGUGAUUCUCGCCAGGAAAUCGUACAGCUCUCCGUCCGCCAACGAGGUUUACCCCAUGAACAUACAGCAGCUUGCACGGUCCUGAUCUCAGAGAUUGAAAGAGACAGAGAGGUUGUUCUUAAUUUUAUGUUUCUAGACGAUCACAUUCUCAAACAUUGUCAGCUGAUCGGUACAGAAUGGUUCUUCUUUCACAUUUGAACGAUUUAUUUGUGUUCUGCUGGUACUUGAAAACUAUGUAUCCAAGCGAAUAAUCAGAUAUGUUGUUGGACAACAAUGGUACCACCCAAACACCAAAC